UUCAUCGUCGCGUCCGAGUGACGUCACGUCUAGGCGCUGGAAGGAUGUCUGACGCUUCCGGUCGUGCGGCGGGAAACGAGAUGCCGGCCAAGAAGCAGAAGCUGAGCAGCGAUGAGAACAGUAACCCGGAGUUGUCUGGGGAUGAAAAUGAUGACGCCGUCAGUAUAGAAAGUGGAACAAACACGGAGCGUCCGGAUACACCCACAAAUACUGCAAAUGCUCCGGGGAGGAAGAGUUGGGGGAAAGGGAAAUGGAGAUCGAAGAAAUGUAAAUACUCAUUUAAAUGUGUGAACAGCUUGAAGGAAGAUCACAACCAGCCCCUGUUUGGAGUGCAAUUUAACUGGCACAGUAAGGAGGGCGAUCCUUUGGUGUUUGCUACUGUUGGCAGCAAUAGGGUCACGCUGUAUGAAUGUCACUCACAAGGAGAAAUUCGAUUACUGCAGUCGUAUGUGGACGCCGAUGCAGACGAGAACUUUUACACCUGUGCGUGGACCUACGACAGCAACACAAGUCACCCGCUCCUGGCAGUGGCCGGCUCCCGGGGAAUUAUCCGGAUUAUUAAUCCCAUUACUAUGCAGUGUAUCAAGCACUAUGUUGGCCACGGCAAUGCCAUCAAUGAACUUAAGUUUCAUCCCAGAGAUCCAAACCUCCUGUUAUCUGUCAGCAAAGAUCAUGCACUGAGACUGUGGAAUAUUCAGACAGAUACCCUUGUGGCUAUAUUCGGAGGGGUGGAAGGUCACAGAGAUGAAGUGUUGAGCGCGGAUUAUGAUCUUCUAGGGGAGAAGAUAAUGUCCUGUGGAAUGGAUCAUUCCCUCAAACUGUGGAGACUGAAUUCCAAAAGGAUGAAAAUCGCCAUAAGGGAAUCCUAUGAAUAUAAUCCCAACAAGACAAACAGACCAUUUAUCUCACAGAAGAUCCAUUUCCCAGACUUUUCCACAAGAGACAUUCACAGAAAUUACGUGGACUGUGUGCGGUGGCUCGGGGACUUGAUAUUGUCCAAAUCCUGUGAAAAUGCCAUCGUGUGCUGGAAACCGGGUAAAAUGGAGGACGACAUAGACAAGAUCAAGGCGAGCGAGACCAAUGUGACCAUCCUGGGCAGGUUUGACUACAGCCAGUGCGAUAUCUGGUACAUGAGAUUCUCCAUGGACUUCUGGCAAAAGAUGCUCGCACUUGGAAACCAAGUGGGGAAGCUGUAUGUCUGGGACCUGGAGGUGGAGGAUCCACACAAAGCCAAGUGCACAACUCUCACUUAUCCCAAAUGCGUGGCCGCAAUCCGACAGACCAGCUUCAGCAGAGACAGCAGCAUCCUCAUAGCCGUGUGCGAUGACGCCACCAUCUGGCGCUGGGACCGGUUGAGGUGAACCCCCCCCUUCCUCCUGCCAUGAAAGGACCAGUGUGGCGUAACGUGGCCGUGUCUGGCGACUAGUGUGUGUUAGGAGGCUCGUCGGCCCGAGCUGAGUUUAGUGACCAUGUUCUUCUCUGUACUGUUUUUCUCGCUAAACUUCAGCUGCUUUUAAUAAAAAUUUAUUUUUGUACAGCUUCCUGUAACGUCUGUAAUGUUUUUUUACGGAUUUUAAUGUAUUUACUGUCUUGAUGUAUAUGCCGUUUGUAUGAUCGUGAGGCACGGACUCGAUGGGGAAGACGGAACGGUUAUGUUCCGCUCUUUGUAAAUAUCUUGUUUUUUUUCUAGCCUUUUUAAGUAGUUGUUAAUUUAAAGAAUAUUGUGUUUUGAUGGUCACAGAUUGUAACGUUCAAAAUGGACUAAACUCCCCCAAAAAAAAGUUAUAAUUUUUUUUUUAUUUUUUUUUUAUUGCUCGCAAGAGGCUGAAAGUAAAUAUCACCAUGCAUCAUGUAAUGGAGAAACAAUAAAGUGACAUUAACAAUGAAAACCUGAC